AUGUUAUUUACCCAUUUCCAUGUUCUAGUGCGAUGGUUCUGUUCUAAACAAGUUAACAAUGGCAUUAAUCUUUUGUUUUUAAUUGGUGCUCGUCUUCUUUCAACACCUGCCCCAGAAGAUCCAAAAGUGAAGGCAUCUGCAAUCCUUAAUGCUUUGCCUGGUAAUUCUGCUUUAUCCAAGACUGGUAUCCUGGCUACCUCUGCGGCUGCGGCUUUGUAUGCCAUAUCUAACGAGUUGUAUGUUAUAGAUGCUGAAACAAUCUUAGUGGGUACAUUCGCUGGUGUGUGUGUCUUGAUUGCCAAGUUGCUAGCUCCUUUGUACAAAGAUUUCGCUGAUAACAGAAUCAAGCAUGUUUCUAAUAUCCUAAAUUCCUCUAGAACAAAACACGUUGAUGCUGUUAAGUCUAGGAUUGACUCUGUGUCGGAAUUAAAAAAUGUUACUACUACUACCAAAGUCUUGUUUGAUGUUUCUAAAGAAACCCUUGAAUUGGAAGCAAAAGCCUUUGAGUUAAAGCAACAAGUUGAAUUGGCUGCGGAGGCUAAAUCAGUUUUGGAUUCAUGGGUGAGAUACGAGGCUUCUGUUCGUCAAAUGCAACAGCAGCAACUGACUGAAUCUGUCAUUGCUAAGGUUAAAACUGAAUUGGUCAAUCCAAAGUUCCAGGAGAGGGUUUUGCAACAAUCCGUUGCUGAUGUUGAAAAAUUAUUGGCCAAUUUGAAAUGA